AUGGGGCUCCGUAAGAAGGGCACCAAGAACCCCCCGGUGCUGAGCCAAGAAUUCAUCCUGCAGAAUCAUGCGGACCUCGUCUCCUGCGUGGGGAUGUUCUUCGUGCUGGGGCUCAUGUUCGAGGGAACGGCCGAAGUGUCGAUUGUUUUCCUCACUCUUCAGCACAGCGUUGUCGUCCCUGCGGAAGAACUGGCUACGGGAUCCAAGACGCUGUAUCAUUACGGGGUCAAAGAUUUGGCCACGGUGUUCUUCUACAUGCUGGUGGUGAUCAUCAUUCACGCCACGAUCCAGGAGUAUGUCCUGGAUAAAAUUAGCAGGAGAAUGCAGUUCACCAAAGCGAAACAGAACAAAUUUAAUGAAUCUGGCCAGUUUAGUGUGUUCUACAUUGUCUCCUGUAUCUGGGGCACAAUCAUCCUCAUGUCUGAAAACUGCCUGUCAGACCCAACUCUCCUGUGGAGGACUCAUUCCCACACCAUGAUGACAUUUCAAAUGAAGUUUUUCUACAUCUCACAGUUGGCUUACUGGUUUCAUGGUUUUCCGGAACUCUACUUCCAGAGAAUCCGAAAACAAGAUAUCCCUAGUCAACUCAUCUACAUUGGUCUUCACCUCUUUCACAUCACUGGAGCCUAUCUCUUGUACUUGAAUCACCUGGGACUACUUCUUUUGGUGCUGCAUUAUUUCGUUGAAUUGAUUUCCCACCUGUGCGACGUGUUUUAUUUUAGUGAUGAAAAGUACCAGAAGGGGGUUUCUCUGUGGACCAUCGUGUUUGUCUUGGGGCGACUCACAACUUUAGUUGUUUCAUUAGUCACUGUUGGGCUACACUUGGUUGUAUCCCAUUCCCGGGAUGGGGAUACGGAUUCCAUCAGUGGAAAUGUAAACGUGCUGGCCGCUGAAAUUGCUGUUCUGUCGUCCAGUUGCACCAUCCAAGCAUAUAUAACAUGGACCUUACUGACAGUCUGGCUUCAGAGGUGGCUAGAAGAUUCUAAUCUUCAGGCCUCGAGUCUGAGGAAGAAAAAACCCAUGAUUAAAGGCCGGUCUUCUAGAAAAGGAACAGAAAAUGGAGUGGAGACUGCAAACAGAGUAGAUGCCCCGCCAAAGAGGAAAGAGAAAACUUCAUAA